AAUGUCUCUAUGCCAGUCAAACCCAUAAUCCCACCCUAUUCGUCUGUACCACUGGCUUGAGAAUGGAUACCUUGCCCACAAAAGUUUCCACGCUCGUAUUUUACGUGAAUGGCAAAAAGAUUGAAGACCCUGAAGUUGAUCCAGAAUGGACACUUUUAUACUAUCUUAGAUCUAAAUUAAGACUUUGUGGAACCAAACUGGGUUGCGCUGAAGGAGGAUGUGGGGCUUGCACUGUUACGCUCUCAAGAUAUGACCGUAAAAAAGAUAAAAUGAUCCAUUUAGCAGUUAAUGCUUGUCUUGCUCCUGUCGCUUCCAUGCAUGGUUGUGCAGUUACGACAAUUGAAGGGAUUGGAAGUGUGGAUACUAAGCUUCAUCCCGUGCAGGAACGCCUCGCAAAGGCACAUGGUUCGCAGUGCGGUUUUUGUACUCCUGGGAUUAUAAUGUCAAUGUAUGCCUUGCUCAGAAGUCGCCUGCCUGGAAAGCCAACAAUGAAAGACAUGGAAAUUGCUUUUCAAGGAAAUUUAUGCAGGUGUACUGGAUACAGGCCAAUUAUCGAAGGCUACAAAACUUUUACUGAGGAAUGGGAAGAGCAACAACGAAUGAAUGGAGACUGUAAUGGCGUAGAGGAUGGGGCUUGUGCAAUGGGUGCUGAUUGUUGCAGGUUGAGAAAUGAAAAUGGACUGAAUGGAUUAUCAAAUGGUGAAGAUGAAAAUGAUAAGCUGUAUGAUGUUAAUCAAUUUACGCCUUAUGAUCCGACCCAAGAGUUAAUCUUUCCUCCUGAACUGAUGGUUUGUAGUGAUUAUGAUACUGAAUUUAUUCUAUUUAAAAACAAAAGAACAUCCUGGUACAGACCACAGACAUUAAGCGAGCUGCUUACAUUAAAAAAGAAAUUUCCAAAUGCUAAGAUUGUCAAUGGAAACACAGAAAUAGGUGUCGAAGUAAAGUUUAAAAAUUUUCAUUAUCCUGUGUUUGUAUUUCCAAAUCAAAUAAGUGACAUCACAAAUUUAGAACUAGAAGAAAAUUGCGUAAAAGUUGGUGCUGCUGUGACACUCAAUGAACUACAGAGUUAUCUAAUUGUACAAAUAUCAGAGCUCCCAGAGCACAAAACUAAAAUUUUCAAAGCAAUUGUAGACAUACUCCAUUGGUUUGCUGGUAAACAAAUCAGGAAUGUUGGUACAAUUGGGGGUAACAUUAUGACAGGAAGUCCUAUAUCUGACAUGAAUCCCAUUCUGAUGGCUGGUCAAACUAUGCUCGAAGUUCAGAGUUAUGAUAGGGGGAAAAAGACAAUCCCAAUGGAUCAUACAUUCUGGACUGGAUAUCGUAGGAAUGUAGUACAACCCGAUGAAGUUUUAACUGCUGUAUUCAUACCUUACACAAAAGAAGGACAACAUUUUAAUGCUUACAAGCAAGCAAGACGGAGGGAUGAUGAUAUUGCAAUUGUCACUGGCGCUCUCAACGUUUCUUUAGAUAGUGCCAAUGUGAUCAAAAAUAUUCAAAUUGCAUAUGGUGGUAUGGCUCCAACAACAUUACUAUUGAAAACAUCAGUCAAAAAAUUAAUUGGAAUGAAAUGGGAUAAAGAAAUGCUCAAUGAAGCCUAUAAUUUUAUACGUGAUGAAGUCCCGCUUGACCCAGGAGCUCCUGGGGGGAUGAUAAGAUACAGAAGGUCUCUUACACUCAGUUUUUUCUUCAAAUUUUUUAUGUAUGUAUGUUAUGAGCUGGAAAAGGAGGGCUGGAAAUUUGAUCUGCCAAAUAAGUUCAGAAGUGGUCCAAAACAAUUUCAUGCUUUAGAGCCCAAAACAGCUCAAUAUUACACUAAGGUGCAAAGUACUCAAGAUGAAUCAGAUUUUCUUCGUCGCAGCAUUGUUCAUCGCUCAGCUUUUAAGCAGGCAACAGGUGAAGCGAUUUACUGUGAUGACAUACCAAAGUUUGAAAAUGAGUUAUUUCUUAGUCUUGUCGUGAGCACAAAGGCUCAUGCUAAAAUUGUUAACAUCGAUCCCUCCGCUGCACUUGCAAUGGAAGGUGUAGUUGCAUUUUUCAGUGCCAAAGAUGUACCAAAAGAACUGAACCAUACCGGUCCUGUUAUACAAGAUGAGGAAGUUUUUGCUUCGGAGAAAGUAACCUCUCAAGGGCAGGUCAUUGGAGCUAUUGUAGCAGUAGAUCAGGUCACAGCAAGAAGAGCCAAUGCACAAGUAAAAAUAACAUAUGAAGAGUUAUCACCAAUUAUAGUGUCCAUUGAGGAAGCAAUAAAGCACAAUUCCUUUUUUCAAAAAAAGGCAAAAGUUAUUUCAAAAGGUGACAUAGAACAGGGUUUUGCCACUGCUGAUGUAGUUUUUGAAGGAACUGUUAGAAUGGGUGGACAGGAACAUUUUUACCUUGAAACCCAUGCUUCUAUUGUUGUACCUAAAAAAGAAGAUGAUGAAAUGGACAUCCACAUUUCAACUCAACAUCCAUCAGAAAUUCAACAUCUUAUAUCACAUUUUCUUAAUAUACCUAGUAACCGGCUUACUAUCCGAGUUAAGAGAAUGGGUGGUGGAUUUGGUGGUAAAGAGUCCCGAGGUGCUCUGCUCGCCUUACCAAUUGCAUUUGCAGCAAAGAAGCUAAAACGUCCUGUACGAGGAAUGCUUGAUAGAGAUGAAGACAUGAUGAUAACAGGGCAAAGACAUCCAUUCUUUGCCAAAUACAAGGUCGGAGCCAUGGCAUCAGGAAAGAUAACAACCCUUGAAGUGGAUAUUUACAAUAAUGGUGGAUAUUCACUUGAUCUUUCUGAAUCUGUGCUGGAAAGAGCUAUGUUUCACGUUACUAAUGCGUUCUAUAUUCCUAAUCUUGUUGUGAGGGGGUUGACAUGUAAGACCAACAUGCCCUCAAAUACAGCAUUCAGAGGUUUCGGUGGCCCCCAAGGAAUGUUUGUCGGAGAAAAUAUUGUUGAGAGAGUAGCUGAAGUUUUAAAUUUGGAUGUGGUUAAGGUGAGAGAAAUUAAUCUUUAUAAUGAAGGUGAUGAAACGCACUACAACCAAAAAUUAGACAAUUGUAUGGUGAGAAAAUGUUGGGCUGAAUGUCUCAGGAUGGCAAAUUAUGAAGAAAGAAAGAAACAAGUAGAACUUUUCAAUAGCCAAAAUCGUUGGAAAAAGAGAGGCAUUUCAGUUAUUCCGACCAUGUUUGGAAUUGCAUUUACUGCAUUGUUCCUCAACCAGGCCGGUGCUCUGGUCCUAGUUUACAGUGACGGUUCUGUCCUUUUAUCUCAUGGAGGCACUGAAAUGGGUCAAGGAUUACACACAAAAAUGAUUCAGGUUGCAAGCAGGACUUUGGGAAUUUCUGGUGAUUUGAUCCAUAUCUCAGAAACUGCGACUGACAGGGUUCCGAAUACUUCAGCAACUGCAGCCAGUGCUGGCUCUGACUUAAACGGCAUGGCAGUAUUGAAUGCUUGUAAUAUGAUUAAUGAACGAUUACAACCGAUUAAAGAUGCAAAUCCUAAAGGUGAAUGGAAAGAUUGGGUCAGGACAGCAUAUUUUAGCAGAGUAUCAUUAGCUGCUAGUGGAUUUUAUCGAACACCAGACAUUGGUUAUAACAUGGAAACCAACACAGGGAUGGCCUUUAACUAUUACACAUUUGGUGCAGCAUGUUCAGAAGUUGAAAUUGACUGUUUAACUGGUGAUUACCAGGUAUUAAGAACAGACAUAGUUAUGGAUCUUGGUGAGAGCCUUAAUCCAGCAAUUGACAUUGGACAAGUAGAAGGUGGAUUUAUUCAAGGCCUUGGCCUUUUUACUCUUGAAGAGCUAGUGUUUUCUUCGAACGGAAUGCUUUUCUCCAGAGGGCCAGGAACUUACAAAAUACCAGGUUUUGCUGACAUUCCGGCUGAAUUUAAUGUCUCUUUGUUGAAGGGAGCUUCCAACCCAAGAGCAGUGUACUCAUCGAAGGCUGUAGGUGAACCACCUCUGUUCUUAGCAUCAUCCAUAUUUUUUGCUAUUAGAGAAGCUGUGAAGGCUGCUAGGAAGGAUUCAGGAAAAAGUGGUGAUUUUCAAUUUUAUUCGCCAGCGACAUCAGCAAGAAUAAGAAUGUCAUGUGAAGAUGAAAUAACUGAUCAGUUUCCUGAACCACCUGUUGGCAGUUUCACCCCUUGGAAUAAAGUACCAUAAAGCAAUUUUAACUUGCUCAUGUCUGGUGCAUUGUGUCAAAUUAAAUGAUAAAAUACAGCUUAUAUUAUGCUAGGAUAAUAAGUAAUUUAACAAUAUAAUAAAAGUGUUUGUUAAUCCAUUAUUGCUUUUUGGUAGAAAAGGAAUGCAUAAUACUUGCAUGUAAGAAAAUUGUUGGAUGUGAUUUAUAAAAUAUUUGUAUUUGUAAUGUUUGUACUUCCUUUUUCAAAACAAGUGUUGUAAGAUACAAAAGAAAAUUAAUAUUUUCUUGAAGAGUAGAAUGUAGGAAUGUAGGAACGUAUUAUUUACAAAUACAGUAAACUGUUAUAAGAUUUGAUCUUAUUGUAAAAAAAUAAAAAAAUAAAAUAAAAUAAAUAAAUAAAAAUUUUAGUUUGAAAAAUA